AUGCACCCACUCCCACAGGCCACAAGCCCUCAGUACAAGCGUUCCAACAAGCUACAUCGACGGAUAGCUUUGGUGACAGGAGGUGAUUCCGGGACAGGAAGGUCUGUAUGCUACCAUUUUGCAUUAGAGGGUGUAACUGUAGCUUUUGCAUAUGUGAAAGGUGAGGAAGAGAAAGAAAAGGAUGAUACUUUGCAGAUGCUACGAGAAGUGAAGGCAAUUGAUGCAAAAGAUCCUAUUGCUAUAGCUGCAGACCUUGGAUUCGAUGAAAAUUGCCAGAGAGUUGUUGAUUAA